AUGCAGAACGACCUUCAGUGUGAUUCCGGCGGCAGCCUGUCGUCGGCGCCGAGAGGGAAGAAGCCGCAGGACAGCUCUCCCAACCCUGUCAAUGUGUGGAGUCUGUUCGAUGAGGCAGCCGUCGAGGGAACGGGCGAAGCCUCUCGAAAACCGCCUGGGACCUCGCCGGAUGAGGCCUUCACUUUCUCGCCUAACUCCCUGAGCAGGGAAGCACCUUCCGACUUCUUGUCGAGCCCCAAAUUCAGGAAAAGCCGCGAUGAACCUUCGCUGGCCCACAACGUCAGUCCAGACUCCCGCCAAGUGUCCGAGAGCGGCGAGGAGUUUUUCGACGCCCCCGCAGAGAGAGAGUUACUCCUCGAAGAAGACCUGUCGGCAGCCAAGUUGACGCGUGCGCGCCCGACAGGGGCUCAAGAGCUAGAAAAGAGCCGCGCGAUUCUCGGCCAGGCGAGCAUUCCCGGCGAUGCUUCCGGAGACUCCUCUGGUGGGGCCCCUGACGCCGCAGCGCCACAUCUGCUUGGUGCUUUGCCCCCUUCAAACGGCCUCGGAGCGACUCGGGAACCUCUUGGACGCGAGCGAGAUGCACAAAGUCAGGCUGUAGAGGAACAUGCCGGUCCGGGAGUUUCCGGGGCUCCAGACAGACCCGCAGAAGAUACCCGUGGCUGGUCAGGCGCGUAUUACAGUAUGGAAGGCGAAGGCUUCAGUCGAGACUGCAGCAAAUCUUUGGAGGGGUUUUCGACUCCCGUUCUACAAAGCUUGGAGGCUCUCGAUGCUGGCGAGUGUCUGGCGGCUCUGGAGCAGAGCUCGAUAACGGGCGACUCGCCGUUCGUCCUACCGAGCGACGCGGCUGCCCCACCGAGGCAAACGAUGGCGGACCAGCCUCAAGGAGUGUAUGUACACCUGACGUCCCCGGGCGGUCGAGAAACACGCGAGACUGGACAGGAGAGAGAUCUUGGCGCAGACGAAUGGGAGGAACACGGAGAAGAAAGGGAAUCUCCGGGUUUCUCUUCUUCCCCUCCCGCGCACUUGCACCAGCCUCCUGGUCAGCUGUCGCCCUCUGCGUGCUCGCGGUCUUCCUACGUCUCCCUUUCCCCUGCAGUCUACCAGUCUAACGGUCUGUCGGAGGACCGCGCCAGCCUAGGUGAAGCGUCUCGAGCUGACGCAGAACUGGAUGCAAACGCGUCGCCUCCGUCCGAAUCCGGCAAGAAAUCCCCUCCGGUCUCCGCGAACUCCGCCCCUGAGCAGCCACAUCCGCGCUGCGCCGAUCCUUUCGCUGCGUCUUCGCCUCCACUUGCUCUGCCUCUUCUUCCUCCGUCGCGUCUCCUCAACCUCCCCGACAGCGCUGUCGCCCAUGCCGCGAAGGCCGCGGGUGUCUCUGUUUCCUCGUCCCACGGCGCAGGUUCGACCUACGUCACCGCGACGACGGCGAACGUUGUGGUUGUGCAUAACAAGGCGGCAGCGCCCUCAGAGAAGACAGAGAAGAGAGAGGCGGGAGGUCCGGGAGAGCCCGAGGAGGCGACGCGAGUCGGCUCACAGGCGAGAGAAAAGGAGAGCAGAGGCGGCCAGUGCGACGACCGCGCCGGAGGAAGGAUGGGAGAUCCAGAGAACGAGACAGACUCUGAGGACGCAGAGAGGAUGUGCGGAGCGGGCGGGGACUUGCAUGCGACAGCGUCGCGAAACAGCGAACAACGCAGUGCACCUUUCCAAGCUUCCUUCGCUGACGCAGCAGAGGAACCCCCCGUCGAGCAACCCGAGGAAGAGGAAGACGACCCGCGACGCCGGGGCCACUUCCGAAAAGUCGAGAGGCCCGACGCUGCACUCUCCGGCACAGCUCGGUCUCGGAUGCAGCCUGGCUCCAUCACCUCUCAGAAUUCCUUGGCCAAGAAGAAAAUGCACGAAGACGAUUCCGACUCGGCGUGGUACACUCACAAGCGGCAUGUUUUCAUCUUCACCUUUUCUGGAAAGCCUGUCUAUUCGAGAUACGGCAACGAAGAGAGUUUAAGUGCCUUCACAGGAGCGCUGUCGGCGAUCGUCUCGAAGAUGGAGAGUUUCUUUUUCUUUCAAAAGAAGAACGACUGCUUGCGGUGCAUGAAUGCAGGGGACCGCCGCUUCGUGUUCCUCCGCCGCGGGCCUCUGUACCUUGUCAGCGUGGACCGUGCCUCUGCGAAUGUCCAGCAAAUCCGAAGCGCGUUGAUGCUCGUGCACAGACAGCUUCUCUGCAUCCUGACGAAAGGAAUUGAAAAAACCCUCUACAGUCGUCCAAACUUCGAUGUCCGACCCCUUCUUGGAGGCACCGACGGAAUCCUGCGGAGUCUCCUCUCGCAUUACUCCUCUUCCUUGCUCUCGGUCUUGUACGCUGCCUCUGCUGUCUCGUCUUCCACUCCGCGGAAGACCAAUGUGUCUCUGGCCUCGCCAUCUGCGGCGAGCCCACAGACAGGCCAACCAGGGUCGGCGUCUGCCGAGACAGAGGAAGCCUUGGAGACCGCUGCCUUCGCGGAGAAGGGAGGCUUCGAGCCUCUCCCUUUGAAUGCAACGAUGCGCCACAUCGCAAACAACAUGCUGAAAACCUACGGGACUUCACAUGUUCUUGCCGGUCUGAUCCUGGCAGACCACCGCGUCGUCGCGAUGUCCCUGGCAAAAAAUUUUCUCCUCCAGCCCACAGAUAUCGUGCUCUUGGUGAACUUCGUGGUGGCCUCUCCUGCUCUCCGCCAGGCCGAAAGUUGGACGCCAAUUUGUCUCCCUGGCUUCAAUGAUCGUGCGUUUUUGUACAUGUACGUCCGGUACCUCGCACCCCACGUGUGCUACCUGUGCCUUUCGUCCAAGAACGACGGCGAGCAGUUCUUCGCCCUGUCUUCUCACUGCACGAAAACAUUCGCACUGUUGACGAACACCGGCUGCUUGCACGCGAUCGAGAGGUCGAGGGAGUACUGCCCAUACAGUCUGCCGCGAAGUUUGUGGGGUUCUCUGGCCCUCUUGCAUGUUGGGUUCUUUCUGCCUUCUCCGAAGCAGUUCUUCUCGUCUGCCUUGUCGUCGGAAAUUGACACGGGGAAACAUGCCAUUCGCGACAUUCUGAAGCUCUACGUCCAGUGCGAUGAGUCUGUUCAAGGCGCCAAGCUACCCACGCACGCCUACGUCGAAACAGAGCGUCAUAAAGCGUACGUGUGGCGAACAUCUGAAUUCCACCUGUAUGCGGCAGUGCCUGCGUGGAUAGAGCUCACCACCGUUGUGCUCGAGCAGCUCGCCAAGUGGGUCAUGGAUCAGCGGCCGUUCCUUUUUAUCACCAACAUCCCGGUCAUUUCGGGAUGA